GGUCGUCAGCGUUCACGCCACACGUCGCCGACGGUUCGGAGUUCGGUUUGGUUUCGCGUGACUCGCUCGCUCGCUCGCUUGUUUGUUUCGAUUCGAUUAUUCGGCUUAUCGUAGUGUCCGUUGACGAUUAGCCGUCCGACGUUGAUCCAGCAGGCAGGAAAGAGGACGUUACUCGCGUGCUUAUGUACCUGUCUGUCUGCCUAUCUAUUUCGCGGCCUGUAUCUUUUCUUCGACUCGUCGCGCGAAUUUCGUCCGUUUUUUCUCCCCUCGAAUCGCGGAAUCAUUCGCGCUCGCGUGUCGCGAUUGAUCGCGAUAGAGCGCCGUAUACACUAGGUUUUUUUUUUUCUGUUUGUCUACCCGAUAAUUGGCGACACUUGAGAUCGUUGUCGCGAUAUGAGCACGAGACGCAGAGCCACUGCCAAUGAUGACAGCUGUCAGAGGGAUGUCGAGGCACCGCUGCCGAAUGAUAGGACAUCGCGUGGAUAUCGAGGAUUAAUCGAAAUUCCAUCCUCAUGCUUGGCAGCAGUUUUCUUGGAACCACUUUAAAGUCUCCACGAGCAUGGGCACGAGCCGAAGAUCCGGCUCCGGGAGCCGGACAAACGCCGGCGUCCUCAAGGAGCGUGCCAACAUGUCGUUCAUGCUGGUCGUCAUGUUCUUCGCUGUGUUUGGUCUGAUCGUUCUUACGGAGAUAUUUCUGAUCGACGAGAGGCGCGGCGUGAGCGUCGGCGGUACCGGCGUACUCGGGGGUCACAGGAGCGGUCAUCGAUUGCCAGCUGCGCCCGAUCGUCCGGAUUACGGCGAAGUGGGAGCCGAAGAUUAUGCCGGUUUGAAGGGUAGUUUUGACGAGCACAUCGGGUUGCUGGUUCGCGGAGAAGAUGCAGGGCAAAAGACGGUAAUACACCCGGAUCCGCGUGGCUUACCGAGCCUACCGCCUAGCUUGGAGGCCCGUUUACCGCAGUUGGAUCAAAAUCUAAAGGUCACGCAUGCUGAAUGGUUACCAGUCACCAAUACUAGGUUUAAAUUCUUCGUUUACUCGGCGUAUUUCGAUGACAGAGUUAGCGGCGCAGGUACGCCGGCGGGUAAAAGUCAAGGUGUAGUACGCGUAAUCAGCGCUACUAAAACCAGAAGCCCCGAGCGCGUCUGGUGUAGGCUCUGGUAUAAACAACAAAACGGCGGAAACACUACUGCCUCGGUAACGGUAGCUGCGAAAGUUAAGGUAAUUCGUGAGAAUUGGAAUCUCAAGUACAGUGCCUGCUUCGUGAUAUGUCCGUUGCCUAAAGAAUCUCCGACGAUGGAUAAGGUACCAGAAGCAGUCAGUGUUGUAGCGAGAUUGCGAGCUGUCCCGACAAAUCGUAUUCUCAUUCAGAAUCGUCUUGAGAGCAGAAUGAAUGACAAAGAUGCUUUGGCUGUUUGCGUCAAACCUUUACACUAUUAUUAUAACAGAGUUCUGCAAUUGGUGGAAUUUAUCGAAUUGCACAGACUUUUGGGUGCUACCCAUGUCACUCUGUAUAACGACACUGUAGGUGCGGCUGCCGGUUGCGCGCUGAAAUAUUACGAGAGCAAGGAUCUUGUUACGGUAUUACCAUGGCAUCAUCUUGACAUGAUUUCCCAACGAGAGAUUCGUACGGAGGGCCUCUUUGCGGCGCUUAACGAUUGUCUCUACCGAUCUAUGUACAAAUAUGAAUACGUGGCGCUCGUAGAUCUUGAUGAGUAUAUCAUACCGAGACAUAACGACACUAUAAUCGAUCUAUUACGGUGGAUGGGAAAUCGAAUCAAUGUCAAGUCCACAGGCGCGUUUUCUUUUCAAAACGCUUUUUUUUAUCUGCAAUGGGCCGAUGAUCCAUUCGUGGUAACUAGCCGCACACCCACUGAAGCCGGUUUGAUCACUCUGAGGAAAACGCGACGCAGGACCAAGUUGCAUCCGCACAAGCAACGUUCCAAGUAUAUUUGCAAGCCGCAAGAUGUAGUCGAGGCGGGCAAUCAUUUUGUAUGGGAGUUUAUCCCAGGCCAUGGAACUUUGAAUGUGCCAUCCGAUGCUGCUAUCCUACACCAUUACCGUGUCUGUGAAUUUGGCGGUGACGAUUGCAUUAAGACGCAGUCGACGGUCGAUAGAACGGCCUACAAGUACAGAGAUCGGCUCGCUGCGAAUGUCGACAAGACAUGGAUGGAGCUGCGCGCUGAGUGUUCGCUCCCGGAACUCGAUCCGGUGCCAGUAUUGACGCCUCGAAUUAAACUCAGCCCUCUUGGCAAGUCAAUCAGGUAGCGAAAGACUAUCGUCGAGAUCCUAUGGGAUAUUGGCAAUUUCACCGGUACACCAAAAGUCGCGAGGACCUAUUUCUACAAUUACAGCGGUCCUUAAUUCUUUAAAAACAAAGCUAAGCUAAACGGGCUCUUGUCCUUUUUUAUAAGAUUCUCGAUGGACUGUUUUUAAAUUUAUGAAACGGAGGGGAAUAUAGGAAUUUAUAGAGAUUAUUGCAAAACAAAAAAAAGCAAAAAGAAAGAAAACGAAAGACACGUUUUAAUCGAGAUAUGGAUUAAUCAUAUUUUUCUACAUGACGAAUUCUUGCAUGGCUGGCGAAAUCUGGAGACAAGUUGCCACAAAUCGAUCGAGUUGUCUUGACGCUAUACAGUGGUACUUUUCUCUUACAGUUUUAUACAAAGUCUUGUAUAUGUAUCUCUAAUUCUUUUAUUCAAUCAGCAAAUGUGAUCAUUUGCGAAAAAUUGUAUUAUUGUUAAGGAGGAUUGUUACAGAGGGCCUAAAUCACGGGCUAAAAAAAGCACUUGGUGAUAAACGACGAGCAAGAUUAGAUAGUAACCCUAUUGUAUCGUUGUUUCGAGAAAGAGUAACUCUUUUUUUUUUAAUAUUUGUAAAUCUGCACAAUAUAUUACGCAUAUCUAUAGAAUCAAUAAUUAGCAUAGUGAUAUAUGUAUAAUAUGUAUUUAGGAGAGUGUUAGACAUUUGAUCUGCAAAGACGAGGAGAUAUGCAAUGUUCUCGAAAAAAAAAUUAUUUCCGAUACAAUCCGUCGGGAAUUUGUAAGAAAUCCAAUGUUGAAAGGAUAUAAAUUUUCUUAAACAGAGAGCAUAUACUAAUAGUCAUAUGCAUAAUACUUAUUAUUUUCAAAAUAUAACAAAUCUGAAUUUAUUUAUUUUAUUCAUGUGCACAAUAUGUUUUCUUUUACAUCACAGUAUACAAAAAUCGUGAAUGAUCAUAUUUUGUAAUAUGAUAAAUUGUCAUGUAAUUCAAUAACAAUCAAUAUGAUGGAUAAAUUGAAGAAUUAUCAGUUCUUGAGCAUAUAUAUAUAUAUAUAUAUAAUGUGUGUGUGUGUGUGUGUGUGUGUGUGUGUGUGUAUUGAAAAUAUUAAAAUGAAUUUUUAACAAAAAAUAUUUUUUACAAAAUCUAUAAAAAUUAAUUUUUUUUUUUUUUUAAGACGAACAUAUAUAUAUUUAUUAAUUCGCUGUGCAAAAUUAUCUGAUUUAUUAUUUUGAUCACAUUAUUUAAGUAAUAAAUAAACUGUAAAAUGUUUUCAUUGUACACACACAAACAAAUAGGCCGAUGAUAAAGCCGCACAAGUGAAUUUUGUAGAAAGAUAAAAUGUUUCAAAUAGGUAUAACUUACCAGAUAAUAAGAGAAACAUUAUUGGCAACAGAAUCGGGGUAGUCAUACCGUUACCGAAUGCCACUGUAGCCGACGUCUAGCAAAGUCUUUCUAUAUCUUUGUUAAAAUAUAUAAAGGAUCGUGUUUCUUACGCGUUUCUUACACAAGUUUAUGUAUAUAUGUGUAUACAUGGACGCAUGUGCAUAUGUGGACACAAGUACAUGGGCAUAUACGAUAGACCUAAGUUACAUGUGAUCGGUGCUGAGCUACAAUUUACAAUGCGUCGACAUCGACGAUUAUCUUGAUGAAAAUAAAUAUGAUACUAGGACAAAA